AUGAAUGGAGACUCUUUAAUUAAUGAAAAUCCAAUAGUUUAUGAAAGAAAUGAGAAAUCACUGAAAGGAUGGAUCAAUUUUUUUGAAGAAAUAAAAAAUAAAAAAGAAGAAAAUGAUGAAAAAGAAGAUAUUAUUGAUAAAAAAGAAAUAUAUGAUCUUUUAGCAAAUAUUAUGGACCCGGAACAUCCUUUAACACUUGAACAACUUGCAGUAGUUAAUUUUGAUGAUAUAUAUUUAGAAAAGGAUGAAAUAAAUAAAAUAACGUAUUUAACAGUAGAAAUAACGCCUACUAUUCCUCAUUGUUCAAUGGCCACACUUAUUGGUUUAUGCAUUCGUGUACGUCUUGAACGUUGCUUACCACCAAGAUUUCGUGUUACUGUAAAAGUUAAGAAAAAUACACAUCAAAAUGAAAAACAAAUAAACAAACAAUUAAAGGAUAAAGAACGUGUAGCAGCUGCUUUAGAAAAUCAACAACUAGCAAAUGUUAUUCAUGGAAUGAUGGCAUCUUGUGUUUAA